AAAGAGAACCCCCUCAGUUCGGCCGGAUUCGUUGGAAUCUUGCACUCAGUUUCGCAAGGUAGUGGUCUGAUGAUCUUCAUUUUCGGUUCUACUCACCAACCAAUGGCAACCGACCUCAACGUGUCUGCGACCUGGAUCUCCCAAAACCUGUUCGAAUUCCCAACUGAUCACUGGAUGCAACUGGGCUCCACAGGUAGCAAGGCAGAGAGGGUGGAUCUUCUGGCCCAAUCACGCGCCAUGUCGAAGCUGAACAUCGACAACUUGAAGAAGGGCAUUGUGCAGAUCCUGGAUGGCAGCAAGGAGAAACAACGGAAGUUCCUGGAGACGGUAGAGUUGCAGAUUGGCCUCAAGGACUAUGACACUCAGCGAGACAAGCGCUUUGCCGGCACCAUCAAGCUUCCGCAUGUUCCUCGCCCCAGAUUGAAGGUGUGCGUGUUGGGCGACGCAGUGCACUGUGAACAGGCUCAGCGAGCCAACAUCCCCUUCAAGAGCGUGGAGGAUCUCAAGAAACUGAACAAGAACAAGAAGAUGGUGAAGAAACUCGCUGACUCCUUCGACGCCUUCUUAGCCUCGCAGGUGCUGAUCCCUCAGAUCCCCCGUCUCUUGGGCCCCGGCCUCAACAAGGCCGGGAAGUUCCCCACCCUGGUGCAGCACAGCGACAACUUGGAGACCAAGGUCACCGAGGUCCGUAGCCAAGUGAAGUUCCAGCUGAAGAAGGUCUUGUGCAUGGGUGUGGCGGUGGGCAACGUGCAGAUGACGCCCGACGAGCUGAGGCAGAACUGCUUGAUGGCCAUCAACUUCCUGGUGUCGCUCUUGAAGAAGAACUGGAACAACGUGAAGCGGCUGCACAUCAAGAGCACCAUGGGGAAGCCAUUUACCAUCUACGGGUGAGCCACGAUGCUUGUACAGAGACCAAUCCUGCCUUCGCUGUCAACAAGAGUGACCGGAUUUGCUUCUGCGACGGAUUCGCACGGCGACCUGUCACUUUUUGGUCGACGACUCAACGCACAUGCACGGCACAUGC